AUCGGUUGCUGUCCAUAUCGCACAGACCCUGCCACCUCAGAUCCCCAUGCAGCCAGAUAGCCACUUCACUAGCGAAAUCAUCACCCCACACAUCCUCAUCCCUUCACGGACGGUAUCCCAGGUUGAGCCGAGAACUUGCGUUCAAGUUGAACUAUCGGGCCACGAUUCGGUCCGGCAGGCUACUCCCAAGAUUCUACACGCAGCACUCAAGAUUGAUAUUCUUAUCAACAGAGAUGGCGUUAUAGCUAUUAAGGAAUACACCGUCGACAAGCAGGAUAUCGAAAUGCAACUAUCCGCUAACCACACAGCCAACAUCUUGUUCACGUACGGGCAUCGCCAGCGGCUCCGCAAACACGGCAUCACGAUCGCGGCCGUGCACCCGGAGUACAACAACGAUAGCCACCUUGGUGCACAUCUGAUGUUUGAGGAUUACGGUGAUAUUAUUCCGGCGAUGAAAUGGACUACGGGGAUGGAUAUUGUGUUUGAGGAGCCGAGAGGGGGAACAUUCGCACAGAUUGCGGCGUUGGAUUCGGAGAUUGUAGAGGCAGAGGGGUGGGCCCGGGAGGAGGAGAGUGUGGGAAGGCUUUGGCAGUUGGGUGGGGAGCUUGUUGGACAGGAGUUUGGAUGUGGAUUGUUGAGUGACUGGGGGCUUCACAUUGAAGACUGA